AUCAGAAGCGUCUUAGAGAUAUCAAGGUUACAGCGCCAACUUCAGUGCUUAAUGCUGACGUAUGGUCGGUUCACACGGAAUUUUGUACAAAACGUGAUAAUUGAGCGGCUAUAACAAGUAAAACUGCAAGACUAUAAUUUGUGGACGAAUCAGUCAGUACAACGAAUCGUAACAGUCAUGGUAAAUGCAAAUGUCGAUAACUUGGUUAAAAUUUGUAUACCUAUUUUCAUUGGAAUAGCCUUGCGCUCAUCUACCACUUUACACUCAUAUUCCGGCGAAAAUAAACCACCCAUGUAUGGUGACUAUGAAGCUCAACGUCAUUGGAUGGAAAUCACUGUUAAUUUACCAUUCACAGAAUGGUAUAUCAAUUCAACACAUAAUGAUUUGAAUUAUUGGGGGUUAGAUUAUCCACCUGUUACGGCAUAUCAUAGUUGGCUGAUGGGUAAACUUGCUAAUAAAAUUGAUCGUGAUUGGGUUCAGUUGUACACAUCGAGAGGUUUCGAAUCUGAAGAGCACAAGUUGUUUAUGCGUUAUACUGUAUUGGUAGCUGAUGUAUUAUUUUUUAUACCUUCCAUACUACUGUAUUUUUAUUAUGUUCUACCUAGCAUUAUGAAUAAUAAAUCACAAAUUAGUGGAUUUUAUUCAGCAUGCUUAACAUUAACUUAUCCUGGUCUUAUAUUGAUUGACCAUGGACACUUCCAAUAUAAUUGUAUCAGUCUUGGUUUGUAUUUGAGCGGAAUUAAUUUCCUCCUCCUAGAGUGGGAUAUGCUCGGUUCUAUAUUAUUUUGUUUAGCCAUAGGUUAUAAACAAAUGGAACUUUAUCAUGCGUUGCCAAUUUUUUUCUUUUUAUUAAGCAACUGUAUUUAUAAAAAAUCCGUGCGCAGUGGAAUAACACAUCUAGCCAAACUGAGCUGUGUCGUUUUCUUGACAGUAUUUUUGAUAUUUGCACCGUUUUUACUAACAACCGAUUUGAAUCUUUCAUUUCAAGUCGUCCGACGUUUAUUUCCGUUUGAUCGCGGUAUUUACGAAGAUAAAGUAUCUAAUUUUUGGUGUGCUACAUCACCGCUAGUAAAAUGGCGUUCACCACUUCCUACGUCACCCUUUACAUUAUCGUCUACUAAACUGGUGUGGGUUAGUGUCCUGCUCGUACUGACUACAUGCCUUCCAUCUUGUAUAGUUUUACUAAAGAAGUCUAAAAACCAAAAAUUCCUGAUUUCUCUAGCAUUAUGUGCGUUAAAUUUCUACUUAUUUUCCUUCCAAGUUCAUGAAAAAUCUAUUUUGUUAGUGUCUAUCCCUGCUUUGUGUUUGCUACCUUUUUAUCCCAUAUCGUCAUUUUUGUUCUCUUUAUGCUCUACUCUUAGUAUGUGGCCAUUAUUUAAAAAGGACGGUUUACAAUUAGCUAGUUUAUGUUUAACAUGUAUACACACUAUUCUAGGCUGUUUUAUAAUACUUAAAAGUAACAAUAGUGAUAAACAUGUUGCUGAGAAAAAGAAAUUACAAAAUAGUGCUACGAGUAAUAAUAUCAUCUCUUUAUUUAUCAUUCUUUUUAUUAUUAUUGGCUAUAGUAUCUUGAUUAUAGGUGACUUACUGAUUACACCUCCUGUAGCAUAUCCCGAUUUAUUUCCUUUGUUGUUUUCUAUGUACUCCUUCACGCUGUUUUUCUUAUUCAUGCUCUACUGGCAGUUAGAAGUAAUUUUUAUGUAAAAACUUUGUGUUAAGUUAUGUUUCUGAGAAAAAUACAUGUUCAUGAAGUUCGCGCUCUAUACUUCAAAAGUUUAGUUUACUGGCUAAUUUAUUCUAUUCGGUAUACACUAACAUGCUUGUAAUAGGAAUAGAUAUAUCUUUAUAAUAAGCUUUGUGACUCAAUGGGAGAGUAUUACGA